CGAGGUUGUGCGGUGAUUCCCUAUCCUUGCUCUGCACUACAAUGGAUAUAACAACCUUGGUGAUUUUGAUUUCCAUCCCGGAGCUUGUUCAUUCUUUAGGUUUGCCAAACCAGCACCAGGUGGCCUGUGAACAUUCCCUGAACAAUGCCAUACACCUUAGGUGUCCUUGUGGUAAAGUCCUAUACAUCCAAGCGGCUAACUACGGACGUCUGGACAAGGAAACGUGCGGUUAUCAUGACAACGAACAAUGCCGGGCAACACGAGCUGUAGACAUUGUCAAAAACCAUUGUAACGGACAACAAAAAUGUGACGUCAGAGCUCAUAAUGGAGUGUUUGGUGAUCCCUGCCGAGGCGUUCCGAAAUAUCUGGAAGUAAUCUACGACUGUGUGAGUCCAGGGUUGAGGUCGGCGAUCGUGUGUGAGAAUCAGAAGUCAACUAUCCGCUGUCUACCAGGACACAAACUGGCCCUGGCAGGGGUCGACUAUGGCCGCCAUGAUGAGAUCACUUGCCCUAGUCCUGCAAUGAACAAUUUGACGUGUUACAGCAAUGUAGCUAUGAAGAAACUACUCCAUUGUAAUGGAAAGGAAUCUUGUAAUCUGAUUUCAAAAAAUUCUGUGUUCGGCAAUCCUUGUUUCGGUACAUACAAGUACAUGGAAGUCAGAUAUAGAUGUGAAAAGACAAAGAUCAUUGUAUGUGAAAGUCACAACUCAAAGUACAAGGAAUGCGAGUUUGGUGGGUCAUUUGAUACGAUUACGCUGAUACAACAGAAGUCGCAGGCAAACUGCGUACGCGGCGUGAGGUUUGGCAUCAACGGCAACAGAGUGUGGGUGGACCAGGCGUGCCAGGGGACAUUCCGUCUUUCCAGGACAGUUUGUGACGACGAAUGAAUACCACCGACACAUCCAGGGAUAUGCUUUCCUCCAUCGACCUGUUGUAAACUACAUUUUGUACUAUGUGAUAGUUUGGCUUACCAAACUGAUAGAAGUUACAUGUACAUAUGAAGCUGUGAUAUCACAUAGUCGGAAGUACCGGCCUAUACCAAGUGUGUUUACAGAUUAAUGAAAAUAAAAUUAUAUACGUUUA